AUGCGUUUCACUCGCUUCGGGAAUUCCUUAAAAUCUUGCGCAGAAGAUAUAAUCAAUUGUUCCUUUUUACAUCCUGAGUACUUGUCGUCACCUCUCAUUUAUCUUUUGUUUCCCUUUUUAUUUGUUUAUUUUUUUUCCUUUUUUGCCUUUCCUUUUCUACUUUCGUACUUUAUAACUUCCCUCUUUUUAUCUUGUCUUUCUUUCUUUAUCUAUUUAUUUAUUUAUUUCAUUAAAGAAAUUAUUAAAGUAAUAUUUUUCACUUGUCUAGUUUGGUUUUCUUUUCGCUUAUUCUUUCUUUCUUUCUUUCUUUCUUUCUUUAUUUAUUUAUUUUCCAUCGUUCUUUCUUCCUUUCUAAUCUUUAUUUAUUUAUUUAUAUAUAUUUAUUUAUCCAUCGUUCUUUAUUUCUUUCUGUUUUUAUUUAUUCAUUUAUUUAUAUUUACAGUUUUCCUUUCUUUUCCGCUUGAAAUCGGUUUAUCUAUCUAUCUAUCUAUCUAUCUAUCUAUCUAUCUAUCUAUCUACAGUUUAGUUUGGUUUGUACGUUUAACAUUCAUAAAGAUCCCUGCCCUGCAGGGGUGGAUAACUUUUUUUUAUUCAUCGCUUUUCCCUUUCCUUACAAUGCUCCUCGGGGAAAUAUUUCAAUGGCGGGUCACUUACACGGGUCCCCGGUGGUAA